UGGUUCCUUCCAGAGAAGACUUGGCCCGCGGAUGUUGACUGCGUCUCUUAGCAACCGAAGAUGGCUGAGCCUGGGGAGGAAGACCUAGGGUCCAAAGAAGAAACUGAAUCAAAUUCUCAAGGUAUAGAAGAACAGCAAAUAGAUGAGAAUGAGGUCAGUGAAGAAGACCAGGAAGAAAAAAAAACAGCUCAAGAGGAGGUCAGUGAACUAUCUACAGGACAAGGGGAACCCCCUUUAACAGGAUCCAGAGAGGAACUCAGUUCAGUAGAAUCAAUAGAGGAAGAAAGCUCAACAGAACCAGUAGAGGAACCCAGCUCAACAGAACCAACAGAGGAGCCUAGUUCAAUAGCUGAAGAGCCCAGUUUAAUAGAACAGAGAGAAGUCAGUUCCACAGAGCCACCCCAAAUUUCUCCUGUUGCUCAACCUUCACUUCAACUAGAAAAUAUAGACCGUUUAUUCAGAGAUGAGUUGGCCAAGAUGGAAAAGAUGGCAGUCGGGGAACAGAGUAUUUUUAGGCCAUCUUCAAGAGAGAGGAGCACUCCAGGGACAUCAGAGGCACCAGACCAGGUUCAAGCAGUAGGAAUGGAAACCAGAGCGGUUACUCCACUCUUAGAUACUAUUAAUCUCUUCAGCCAGACUGGAGAAUCUGGAAUAGAGCAUAUAUCAGAAUCAGAUAUAAGUGAAGAGAUGGAAGAAGAAGCUCAGUUGGUGGUUUUGGAUCCAAACCAUCCCUUGAUGAAAAGAUUCCAAUCUGCAUUGAAGAAUUACCUAAAGAAACAGAUAGAAAAAAUCAAGUUGGAGAUCCGUGAACUGAAUGUAGCUACAAAGCAUGGCAAAACUCAAAGGGAGGAGCUUGGUGUACAACUCUAUGGUGUACAACAGCAUUUGGCUCAGCUACAAAUGGAACUGGAAAAGAGCCAUGAUCAAUAUUCUGUCAUUGAGGCUGAAAGGAGGCAGACAGAGGAAGAACUCCAAACUAUUAGGGCCCUCUACAACAAAACCGUUGCCACUGCCAAGGAUGAACAACAAAAAAUGGCUGAGCUACAAACUGAGAUGGAAUCCUUGACAUUGCGCCUGUUCUAUCUGCAGAAUAUAGACCAGGAUGUACAAGAUGAUAUCAGUAUAAUGAAACAGGUGGUAAAGAAGGCUGAAGUUGAGAAGCAAAAUGCAGAACUUGAGAAGAAAAAACAGGAUCUCUUUGUGGACCGGCUUACCAGGACUGCUAACCAGUUAGAAGAGCAAAUUGCUCUAUAUGAAGCACAAUUAGGUGCCCAAACUCAAGACACAAAAAUGAUACGACAGGCAGUGGCUGAGGCCUGCACAGAAAUAGAUUCUAUCAACUUGGAGAAAAAGCAUCUGUUUCAGAAUUGGACAACCAGUUUGGUGGGAAUGAAACACCGAGAUGAAGCCUACAACGCUAUCUCAGAAGCACUCAGGGACUCCAAUCAUCAAGCUAAAUCCCUGGAUAGUGAAAUUGAAGCUUAUAAGAAAUCAAUCAUGAAGGAGGAAGAAAGGAAUGAACUACUGGCAAGAAUUUUAAACCGUGCUGAGAAUGAUGCUAAUACUAACCAGAAACUGAUCUCUCAGUGCACAACCAAGCAUGAAGCCCUGCAAAAAGAAUUUACUACCUAUACCCUCACACUGCACAGUACUGAGGAAGCCUACUCUCAGACUUAUUCGGAGCGAGCAGCAUGCAUAAAUGAAAUGCAAACUCUCCAUCAAACCAUUGAAAAUGAGUAUGAUUUUAAGAAGAACAAGGAGAACAGCAUCAUGGAGAAGCUACAGGACCAGAAGAUGUCCAGCAAGAUGAUCAAAUAUUUCGCCUAUCUGUUGUCAAAGCUUCAGAAGAAAAAGACAGACAUGGUGACACAUCUUUCCAAAAUUGAUGGUGACAUUGCUCAGACAGCUCUUAAUAUCACAAAUACCAAUACCCGAAAAGAAGCACAUCAAGCUACACUUAAAGAAUUGAACAAGGAAGUAGAAAAGAUCAAUGAACUCAUCAAUAAUAGUGAAAGUGAAAUUGCUAGACGUACAAUACUGAUUGAGCGGAAGCAAGGGCUUAUUAAUGCAUUUAACAAGAGAGUGGAUCAAAUUAUUUCUGAAUUGGGGGGGGAAGAGUUGGGACCGGUUGAAAUAGAAAUCAGAAGAUUGACCAAACUGAUAGAGGAAUACAAUACAAACCUCAUUCAUCAACAGAUGAAAUGGCUUCGACAACAGCAAGAACUAGUGAAACUAACCCACGAACAAGAGAAUCAGUUGGCCUCAGUGGACAUGUUUAAGAAACAGAUUACAAUCAUGGAACAAAAGAAACUUCGGCUCGAGAAAAAGAUUGACCAAGAAAAGAGUGAGAUCAAAGAAACUGAAUGUCACAUGAAGGACAUGGACAAUGACCUGAAAAAAUUUAAUACUUUGAUCUGCAAGAACAGAUGCAGCACUGAAGAGCUACAGCAGGGCAACUUGGUGACUGAGAAUGAAUUUGUCCGGUCACUCAAGGCAUCUGAGAGAGAAUCCCUUGAAAUGCAAGAGAAGCUGAUCUUUUUGAAUGAAGAGAAAAAGUCUCUCCUGAAUAAACUGAUAGAAGCAGAGCACCAGAUUAUGCUUUGGGAGAAAAAAAUCCAACUGGCAAAAGAGAUGCGAGCUGCAGUAGAUUCAGAGACUGGCCAGGCUGAGAUCCGAACCAUGAGAGCAGAGAUUCAUAGGAUGAAUGUAAAACAUGCACAACUGAAGAAGCAGCAAGAGAAAAUGAUUCGAGAAAUGGAAGCUGCCAUCACUCAUAGAGAUACCUUUGUGACUCGGGGAGAAGGUCAAAGCAAAAUUGACAAGAAACUACUUACCAGAACCCACUUUCACCACCAACAAAUGGAACUUAGGAGGAAAAUCAGGGAUAUUCAAAAGUUCACUGAAGAUUGCAACCAAAGCAUCUCUGAAAUGGAGGAAACUCAAAAAUGCCUAAGUGACGCUCUUGUAGAAAAGCAGGAAAAGCUUUCCAACCUGGAAAAAGAGACUGACCUACUUGAAAAUUCUAUCAGUCAGCUCACACAACUUAAGAGACAGAAUUUUACAGAACUUGUAAUGUUUCAGAACCGUGUAAAGUCUCUCCUCAUUGCAAAGGAAGGAAAAUAUGUAUGCUUGUUCCGAUCUAAACAAUCUCUGCAGAAUGAAAGGAAGAAACAGGAGGACCGAAUGAAUAUUAUAUGCAGCAUUAUUGAUCAUGUUAACAAAGAAUAUCCCCAUUUCCAAGCAACACUUCAAAAGCUUAACCAGACAAUAUCAGCCAGGCCACAAUUUAGUCUACCUUCUUAGAAGACAGAAUGGGCUACGUCUCCUGAAGCUGGCAUGUCAAAGAGGAAAUCUAUUAAAUUUUUCACUAAUCAGAACCACACUUUAAUUGUCACUCUAUAAAAAAAGAGUACAUUUGCAUAGUGAGAACAUUUUAAGAAAAAUGACCAGGCUAAACAGCAAAAUUUUAAAAUAAAAUACCCCUAAAAAAAGCCUGAGUCAAGUAAUCUAUGAAAUUUUUUAUUCCUUUGUUUCCAAAUAUAUAUCCCCUAAAUAUAAACCAAAAUUUCCAAGUUGUACAAAUUAAAAUAAAGGAAAUCAUAGUUUCAUUUAUUUGGAGGGUUCUCUAUAAGAAUGGUACCAAGGAAAUGUUACUUAGCCUUCUGUUGUCACAAAUUUUAGAAGCUUAGUGCAUAAAGAAGAAAGGAAUAUCUUAUGUCUUGACAGCAAAGAUAUUUUUAAAAAAAAACAUAUCUUUUGCCUUAUCAGUAACUUUCUUUAAAAUGUUAGAAAGAAUGGAAUUUAUCCACGUUCUAACUGAGACAAUGAUUUUUACCCUUUGGGGCCCAUAGAACAAAAAUCUGAGAAAUCCUUUCUUUACACAGAUCAAGCUCCCACAACACAAACUAGAUGAAAUGAAAGAAGUCUGUCACAUCAAGCUUGAAUGUUAAAUUGUAAUUAAACUAAUAGUGAUUAUUUAAUGAAUACAGAUGAAAACUAAAAUAAUACCAUAGAAAGUUUUUAAUAUUGAAAUAUUUGUUGAAUUUUACCACAUAUUCUGAUUCAUUUUCUACACCUCAAAAACUAUGAUGCUUUUCUCCCCUCUCAAUUUCUAAUUCCCCACUACUCUGAACCUUGUAUAGUACAAAAAGAAAAUGUUGUAAGAUUUUUUUCAGUAAAACCUUUUUCAGUUAGCAAAAUAAAAACAAAUGUAAAAAUUGUC